AUGUUGGGUAGAUAUCGUGAGUGUGGAUCCAGAGGAGACUACCCUCGGCUCCGUCAAUGUCCGAGCCCGAAUUCGGUGUCAAAUUCUCCGGUCGUUAUCACAGCUAGCACACGGGAAUUUGCCCGGCCCCGCGAAGAGGCGACGGCCCAAAUUCCGAUGAGGGGCUCGAUUCCGGAAAGCGGGCUGGAAGUUAUAAACAUAGAAAAACGCUGGUUUGAAAGUGGAGCACAUCUGAAACAAGGGGCCUUUGAAACGACUCCUUUGGAGAUCUGCCGUUCAUGCCUGACCAUCAUGUGCGCAUUUGACAUGAGAGUCUAG